AUGAACGGGAAUGAAGAGGUGGAAGUCUUGUAUCUCAACAAGUUAGUCAUUUGUUCACAGAGUGACUUUUUUAAGGCCAUGUUUUCAGAGCAUAUUUCCAUGAUGGAGGCAUGUUCUCACGAAUUCAUUGUAGAUGCUCAGGAGGAUGACAUUGCAUUGUUUAAGAUUAUGAUGCAAUCUAUUUACGACAUGGAGAUAUUGAAUCAUUGGAAACUUGACCUUCUCAUGGACAUUUAUUUACUGUAUGACAAGUAUGGAUUUAUUGGCCAAAAAACAUAUCUCAUGGAGAGAAUCAUUGGAGUGACGGAAUAUCUUUCAAACAAGGUCGAAAUGGCCACUACCAUUUUCAGCAAGUUUUCUAUUGCAAUUCAACUGCUCUCUUGGAAAACAGUUCAAAAAGUCAUUUCCAUGACUCGAGCAUUUUGGCUAAUUGGUGACAAUAACUUGGAAUGUCUGGAGAUGUAUGUCUUUUAUUGCACCAUCUUUGACUUUAAUGCUGCUCUCAUCCAUGAAUGGAUCUUUAACUCGAUCAAAUGCAAAUGUUUCCAAUUACAAAAGUUGAAAGAUAUUCUACAGAAAAUUAAUAGGAAAUUUAAUUCAUCCAGGAAUGAAAUGAAAACAAUCCAAUUGUCAUGGGCUAGUUCAGAUCCUAUUUAUCAGUACAUUUUAAACACCAUUUGUGAAGUCAUUAAUUAA